ACUGUAGCAUGUCCAUUAAAAUCAGGAGUUGCUCAUAUUCCUUCAUGGAUGAUCCAGUUUUCAUCACUAUUGCAUAAAAUAAAGAUAAAGUAGAGGCUCCAUUUUCCUCUCCUUUUUCCAUUCUCUCUGUAACGCCCAUGAUUUAAUCCUGACCAUUUCCCUCUUCUCUCGCUCAUGCUAAGCCUUCCCUGCUGCUGACUCCUCCCUCCAUUUCUAGCCUGGACUCUCUCUCUUACACACACACACAAACACACGCCCUCCACCCCCAUCGCUGCAGUGUCUCAACUGCCUUGGAGCAAACGGGAAAGGAUACAGACGUGUAAAAGGUAUAGAAAAGAUAGACAGACACAUACGUGUAUGUGCGUGUUUGGGAGUGUGUGUCAUUGGGAGUAUGAGGAAGACAUGAAAAUGAAGAAGCGUGAUUAAAAGGGUGGAUUGAUCAGAGGCGUUCUCUGCGUGCAAGGGCUCAUCUGCAGUAUCUUUUGUAAAUGGAUGCUGACUUGUCAACACGAAUCUGAGAAGAAUCCAUCUGCAACCUUGAACAGAUAAAUCUCAAUUAGGUGUGUAUGACUGCAGAAGGCUGACAAGGAGGACAGAGCACAGGAGCCAUGUGGGAAUGGAGUGAGAAGAAUUUUCCCGAUCGCACCCAUCAAGCGCAAACACUUCCUCUACUGACAUAAGAUAAACAUUGUCUGCCUUCCUCCAGAGCUUUUCCACAAGGAGAACCCCUGCUAUGAUACCCAGUUCCCUUGGAUUCAGCAGGCAGUCCAAGCUCAGUGCCAGGCACUGUGUGGGCAUCCCACAAGUCUGGGUUUUGCCCAUACAGUACUCACAGACUGCCCAAAAGCAAAAAGAAUGAAACACUCCUGAGUCACUAACUUCUGUGAAGGCUUUCCUAGUUGUCGUGACAUUGCCCCUGCCUUUAGUCCCAACAAUCCUCGGGCUCCUCCAAAGUUUCCGUCACCCCUUCUUAGCGAUUUGCUCACAAGUCAAGCGGCAGCACGAAUUCCUUUCCGCUCACCACGUGGUGGAGGACCAUGGGAUGCCGUCAGAGCUCGGAGGAGAAGGAAGCAGCUCGGCGCUCACGGCGAAUCGAUCGCCACUUGCGCUCAGAGAGUCAGCGGCAGAGGCGUGAGAUCAAAUUAUUGCUGCUGGGCACCAGCAACUCUGGCAAGAGUACCAUCGUCAAGCAGAUGAAGAUCAUUCACAGCGGCGGCUUUAACCUGGAGGCCUGCAAGGAGUACAAGCCCCUUAUCCUAUACAAUGCCAUCGACUCGCUCACACGCAUCAUCCGUGCUCUGACCACCCUUAAGAUUGAUUUUCACAAUCCUGAUCGCGCCUAUGAUGCCGUGCAGCUCUUUGCUCUCACGGGGCCGGCUGAAAGCAAGGGAGAGAUCACUCCAGAGUUGCUGGGAGUCAUGAAACGCCUCUGGGCUGACUCAGGGGUCCAAGAGUGCUUUCAGCGAUCCAAUGAAUACCACUUAGAGGACAACACUGCUUACUACCUAAAUGACCUGGACCGCAUAUCUGCGCCCGAGUAUAUCCCUACCGUAGAGGACAUCCUGCGAUCCCGAGACAUGACCACUGGCAUUGUAGAAAACAAGUUCACUUUCAAGGAGCUCACCUUCAAGAUGGUAGACGUAGGUGGACAGAGAUCUGAGAGAAAGAAGUGGAUCCAUUGUUUUGAGGGCGUGACGGCAAUCAUUUUCUGCGUUGAACUGAGUGGCUAUGACCUUAAACUCUACGAGGACAACCAGACGAGCCGAAUGGCUGAGAGCUUGCGCCUCUUUGACUCGAUCUGCAACAACAACUGGUUCACCAACACUUCGCUCAUCCUAUUCCUUAACAAGAAGGACCUUUUGGCUGAGAAGAUCAAACGCAUUCCUCUGACAGUGUGCUUCCCUGACUACAAGGGCCAGAACACCUAUGAGGAAGCGGCCGUCUACGUGCAGCGACAGUUCGAGGACCUCAACCGCAACAAGGAAACCAAGGAGAUUUACUCGCACUUCACCUGUGCUACCGACACCAGCAACAUCCAGUUUGUGUUCGACGCUGUCACGGACGUGAUCAUCCAGAACAAUCUCAAGUAUAUUGGGUUGUGCUAGGACAAGACGUUUGGUUGGUGGGUGGGUGGUUGAACAGGGGUUGUAUCUGUUUGUCUGAUGAUGAAUCUAAUUGAUGAGGUGCAACAGUGACAAAGAAAAUGCAAAUGAAAUGAGGUAGGGAAGGAUGGUGAGGAUUCCAACACUUUAUCGAAGAUAGAAAUUUAAACCCAAUGUGUUUGCACUGAAAAUGAGUAUGCAGAGACACCUAAACACACACACGUGGACACACAUGCACACACAGACAUAAACCUUUAUAUUUUCUCACACAACAUUGAGAGUCAAGCACUUCAUGUGACAACACUGGACAUGUUCGACAGUUUCCCCACCAGCCUGCCAAACAAAAGACAAAGUACUUGCCGAGUGGCUUUUCGUUAAUUUUUGUCUUUUAUUUUGUUUGCCUGAGGACAUUUAAUGCUGCUUUACAAGAAACGUGGGGGGAAAAAACAUCAAUGUUCUCCUUGAAGAUUUGUUUUCACUCUGACAAUGGUAAAGAAAGAGAGUUAGAGAUGGGGUUUUAGGAGGAGCCUGUGUUUCUUGGGGAGAAAUGUAAUGUGGGUAGACAUGAUGUCAAAGGUUUUUUUUGCCUAAAAGAGGAAACUGCCACAGUCAAAAGUUAAACUGAAAAAUAUUUUAUACACACUUUCUGUUCUUCUCUACCUAACUCUAUAAAGGUUGUUCUGUUCGUCUUUUCUUUUGCUUUUUGUGCAUUAAAAAAAAAGAAUAUGUAUGGCAAACCUGCCCUUUAAAGCAGGCCACUGACUUCUAAUACCAGGAGUGUUACGGUUCAUAGCAUUAAAAGUGUUCGGGAUGAUAAUUCUACUUUACAGCAAAUAUGACAUUAACAGUGCCAAGAUCCGUUUGUAAAUAAAACAAACUACAUUGAUGAUUAUUUUCUGUUUUCAUGGGGAAAAUACUCUUAAAACAUGCAUGAUUUUGUUACUUUGGGAUACCACUCUAUUUUCUUUGGAAUUUUGUUUUUGUUUUUUUUUUAGGUUCGAAUAAUAUAUUCCCAGAACUAUAUAUUGAAGUCAAACACUGUGUAAGAUUGUACAGUUAUUGAGGCAAGAAUCUAUUGAAGAGUUCUAUCAAUAUAAUUAAAGCGAUGAGGACUUUGAUGGUAAAAAAAAAGUUCAUGAUAAUGACGAGUAAAGUCUGAGAAAAUAAGAGGUG